UACCCACCGCCGUGGACGGACAGUGGAAUAGGCCACGGGACUCAGAGCAGCAGAGGAGAUGCGCGUGGCAGAGGGACACGGGCACGGAAGGAACGCUUAGGAGCCAGGAAGACUCACUCGAGACAAUUAGGCGCUCACUUCUCCUGGAUCUGAAAAGGGAGCUCCUCCAGUUGGCCUUGAGUGUUCUUCUGACUCUGCCUACCGCCCCCUGGGAAUCAUGAGCAGGUGGUUCCACCGUGACCUGAGUGGCAUAGAUGCUGAGGCCUUGCUCAAAGCACGGGGUGUUCAUGGCAGUUUUUUGGCUCGGCCUAGUCGGAAGAACAAGGGUGACUUCUCCCUUUCUGUCAGGGUUGGUGAUCAGGUGACACACAUCCGUAUCCAGAAUACCGGGGAUUUCUACGACCUCUAUGGAGGGGAGAAGUUUGCCACACUGUCCGAACUGGUGGAGUAUUACACCCAGCAGCAGGGAUCCCUCCAGGACAAAGACGGGACCAUCAUCGACUUGAAGUAUCCACUGAACUGCUCGGAUCCCACGACGGAAAGGUGGUAUCAUGGCCACCUUUCUGGCCCAGCAGCGGAGGCCUUACUUCAGGCCAAGGCCGCACCGUGGACCUUCUUAGUGCGCGAGAGCCUCAGCAAGCCCGGCGAUUUUGUGCUGUCGGUCCUGACUGACCAGUCGAAAUCUGGGAUGGACGCCGCUUCGACCGGAGCCGCCAGCAUCCCCAAAGAACGGCGCAAAGUCACUCACAUCAAGGUCAUGUGUGAGAGGGGGACGUACACCAUUGGAGGCCCGGAAAGAUUUGGAAGCUUGGCUGACUUGGUGGAUCAUUUUAAGAAGACAGGCAUUGAGGAGGUUUCUGGAUCCUAUGUGUAUCUCAGACAGCCUUUCAACGCCACCCGAGUGAAUGCGGCCGACAUUGAGAACCGGGUACAGGAGCUCAACAAAAGGAGCCAAUCGGAAGAGAGCCUGCAGAAGCAAGACUCCAAGAACCUGUAUGAUCGGCACGAGGGCCAAAGGCCAGAGAACAAGAGCAAGAACCGCUAUAAGAACAUCUUGCCUUUUGACCACUCUCGAGUCAUCCUCCAAGACAGAGAACUGAACGUUCCUGGGGCAGAUUACAUCAAUGCCAACUACAUCAAGAACAAUCUCUUUGGCCCCGAGGGGUUCAGCAAAACCUACAUCGCCAGCCAAGGCUGCCUGGAUUCCACCACCAACGAUUUCUGGCAGAUGAUGUGGCAGGAGAAUUCGCGCAUCAUCGUGAUGACCACCCGGGAAGUGGAGAAAGGAAGGAACAAGUGUGUCCCCUACUGGCCAGAGGUGAGAAGCAGCAAAAACUACGGGCCCUACAUAGUGGAGAACAAUGGCGAACACGAUGCCCUGGAGUAUAAACUCCGACACCUCCGUCUCUCGCCCGUCAGUAACGGCGAGGCUGUGCGAGACAUCUGGCAUUAUCAGUACCUGAGCUGGCCUGACCACGGAGUCCCCAGCGAGCCCGGUGGCGUCCUGGGAUUCCUGGACCAAGUCAAUCAGAAGCAGGAGAGCAUUCCGGGAGCCGGGCCCAUCGUGGUGCACUGCAGCGCCGGGAUAGGCCGCACCGGGACCAUCAUUGUCAUCGACAUGGUCAUGGAUAUGAUCUCCAUAAAAGGUGAGACUCCGAAAGGAAGGCUGAACGAGUCUGAAUACGGGAAUAUCUCCUACCCACCUUCCCAGAAGGCCUCACACACGAAAGCAUCGCGGCAGUCCUCCAAGUAA